UUUGGCUUUAACUUCUCUAACUCUCAUAUGCUGGGAUUACCGGUAUGGAUUACCACAUCUGUAUAUGUAGUACUGGGAUCAUCACUUACCUUGUACAUGCCAGGAGCAGUAGAGAACUCUGGACAAUUCUACUUGGAAGGUCAGCUCUUAGAGAACUGAAUCAGAUUGAGGCAGAACUGAAUAAAUAUUGGCAGCGGUUAUUAGAAGGGCUUUCUUACUACAAACCUCCCAGUUCAAGUUCAGCUGAAAGAGUGAAAGCUAAUAAAGAUGUAGCGUCACCACUGAAGGAACUGGGCCUACGAGUCAGCAAGUUCUUGGGUCUUGAUGAAGAGCAGAGUGUACAGUUACUGCAGUGUUACCUUCAGGAGGACUACAGGGGGACUCGGGACUCACUAAAGACUGUUCUGCAAGAUGAGAGACAGAGCCAGGCCUUAACCCUGAAGAUUGCAGAUUAUUAUUAUGAAGAGAGAACCUGCAUUCUUCGUUGUGUCUUACAUCUUCUGACCUAUUUCCAGGAUGAACGGCAUCCCUAUAGGGCUGAAUAUGCAGACUGUGUUGACAAACUGGAGAAGGAACUAGUUGUAAAAUACAGACAGCAAUUUGAGGAGCUGUAUCGAAUGGAAGCACCGACCUGGGAGACGCAUGGCAAUCUAAUGACUGAACGCCAGGUGUCUCGAUGGUUUGUUCAGUGCCUCCGGGAGCAAUCCAUGCUGCUAGAAAUUAUUUUCCUCUAUUACGCAUACUUCGAGAUGGCACCUAGUGACCUACUGGUACUAACCAAGAUGUUCAAGGAGCAAGGAUUCGGUAGUAGGCAGACCAAUAGACACCUGGUGGAUGAAACCAUGGAUCCUUUUGUAGAUCGGAUUGGGUACUUCAGUGCCCUUAUCCUAGUUGAAGGCAUGGAUAUCGAGUCCUUGCACAAGUACGCCUUGGAUGACAGGAGAGAGCUGCACCAGUUUGCUCAAGAUGGGCUUAUUUGUCAGGAUAUGGAUCGUGUGAUGUUGACCUUGGGAGACAUUCCACAUCAUGCCCCUGUACUUUUGGCCUGGGCUCUCCUCCGUCACACACUGAACCCUGAAGAGACCAGCAGUGUGAUCAGGAAGAUAGGCGGCACAGCCAUCCAGCUGAGCGUGUUUCAGUACUUGACGCGACUGCUUCGGUCCCUGGCCAGUGGGGGAAAUGACUGCACCACGAGCACCGCUUGCAUGUGUGUCUACGGCCUCCUCUCCUUCGCGCUGACCUCAUUGGAGCUCCACACGCUGGGCAAUCAGCAGGAUGUGAUUGACACAGCGUGUGAAGUCCUGGCAGACCCUUCUCUUCCGGAGCUGUUCUGGGGAACAGAACCAACCUCUGGUCUUGGCAUCAUUCUGGACAGUGUGUGUGGGAUGUUUCCCCAUCUCCUUUCCCCACUUCUACAAUUGCUGCGAGCUCUGGUGUCAGGAAAGUCCACCGCCAAAAAGGUAUACAGUUUCCUGGAUAAAAUGUCCUUCUACAAUGAACUUCAUAAGCACAAGCCCCACGAUGUGCUCUCUCAUGAAGAUGGAACUCUCUGGCGGAGGCAAACACCUAAACUCCUGUACCCUCUAGGGGGUCAGACCAACCUUCGAAUUCCUCAGGGCACCGUGGGCCAAGUUAUGCUGGAUGAUAGGGCUUACCUUGUACGCUGGGAAUAUUCCUACAGUAGCUGGACUCUCUUCACCUGUGAGAUUGAAAUGCUACUCCACGUUGUCUCCACGGCAGAUGUGAUCCAGCAUUGCCAGCGGGUGAAACCUAUCAUUGACUUGGUUCACAAGGUCAUUAGCACAGACUUGUCCAUAGCGGACUGUCUGCUGCCCAUCACAUCUCGUAUCUACAUGCUACUGCAGCGGUUGACAACAGUAAUCUCCCCUCCUGUGAAUGUCAUUGCUUCUUGCGUCAAUUGCUUAACUGUCUUGGCUGCUCGGAAUCCAGCAAAGGUCUGGACUGAUCUUCGUCACACAGGCUUUUUGCCAUUUGUGGCCCACCCUGUCUCCAACAUGACUCAGAUGAUUAGUGCGGAGGGAAUGAAUGCUGGAGGGUAUGGCAACCUUCUGAUGAAUAGUGAACAGCCCCAGGGCGAAUAUGGAGUCACAGUUGCCUUUCUGCGCUUGGUCACCACUCUUGUCAAGGGACAGCUUGGUAGUACCCAGAGCCAAGGCCUGGUGCCAUGUGUGAUGUUCGUGCUGAAGGAGAUGCUUCCCAGCUAUCACAAAUGGCGCUACAACUCUCAUGGUGUGCGGGAACUGAUCGGUUGCCUAAUUCUGGAGCUGAUUCAUGCAAUUCUGAACCUGUGCCAAGAGACAGACCUGCAUAGCAGCCACACGCCCAGCCUGCCAUCCCUCUGCAUCUGCAGCCUGGCAUAUACAGAAGCUGGACAGACAGUCAUCAGUAUCAUGGGGAUUGGUGUGGACACCAUAGAUAUGGUGAUGGCUGCUCAGCCCCGCAGUGAUGGGCCAGAAGGUCAGGGCCAGGGUCAACUGCUGAUCAAGACAGUGAAGCUGGCAUUCUCUGUCACCAACAAUGUUAUUCGACUGAAACCUCCUUCUAAUGUGGUGUCCCCCCUGGAACAGGCUCUGACACAACAUGGUGCCCACGGCAACAACCUCAUUGCUGUCCUAGCCAAGUACAUCUACCACAGACAUGACCCAGCUUUGCCUCGCCUGGCCAUCCAGCUGCUGAAACGUCUGGCCACGGUGGCCCCAAUGUCAGUGUAUGCCUGCCUGGGCAGUGAUGCAGCUGCCAUUCGUGAUGCCUUCCUGACCCGCCUUCAGAGCAAGAUUGAGGACAUGCGCAUCAAAGUCAUGAUUCUGGAGUUCCUUACGGUCGCUGUGGAGACGCAGCCAGGUCUCAUCGAGCUCUUUCUGAAUCUGGAAGUGAAGGAUGGCAGCAAUGGCUCUAAGGAAUUCAGCCUUGGUGUGUGGAGCUGUCUCCAUGUGGUGCUGGAGUUGAUUGAUUCCCAGCAACAAGAUCGAUACUGGUGCCCACCCCUCUUGCAUCGAGCAGCCAUUGCCUUCCUUCAUGCCCUGUGGCAAGAUCGUAGGGACAGUGCUAUGCUUGUCCUCAGAACCAAACCCAAGUUUUGGGAGAAUUUAACCAGCCCGCUGUUUGGAACUCUUUCUCCUCCCUCAGAGACAUCUGAGCCCAGCAUUCUGGAGACCUGUGCCCUAAUCAUGAAGAUAAUAUGUUUGGAGAUAUACUACGUAGUUAAGGGUUCAUUAGACCAGUCUUUAAAAGAUACACUCAAGAAGUUUUCCAGCGAGAAACGCUUUGCCUACUGGUCAGGGUAUGUCAAGUCUUUGGCAGUGUACAUGGCUGAAACAGAGGGCAGCAGCUGCACGUCCUUGCUGGAGUAUCAGAUGCUGGUCUCUGCCUGGAGGAUGCUUCUCAUCAUUGCCACCAGUCAUGCCGACAUCAUGCACUUGACUGAUGUGGCAGUGCGGCGCCAGCUUUUUCUUGAUGUGCUUGAUGGGACCAAGGCAUUACUCCUCGUUGCAACAUCAGUGAACUGCCUCCGGCUCGGCUCCAUGAUGUGUACACUGCUGCUCGUCCUCCUGCGGCAGUGGAAGCGAGAGCUGGGUGCUGUGGAUAAAAUCCUUGGGCCCUUGACAGAGGUCCUGGAAGGGGUGCUGCAGGCAGACCAGCAGCUCAUGGAGAAGACCAAGGCCAAGGUGUUCUCUGCCUUCAUCACGGUAUUACAGAUGAAGGAGAUGCGAGUAAGUGAUAUCCCGCAGUACUCCCAGCUGGUGCUGAAUGUCUGUGAGACUCUCCAAGAAGAGGUGAUUGCACUCUUUGAUCAGACCCGCCACAGCCUGGCAUCAGGCAGUGCUGCAGAGGACAAGGACAGCAUGGAAACAGAUGACUGCCCUCGGCCUCGGCAUAAGGACCAGCGUGAUGGGCAGGUAUGUGUCCUGGGACUGCAUCUGGCUAAGGAGCUUUGUGAGGUGGAUGAGGAUGGGGACUCGUGGCUACAGGUGACCCGAAGGCUCCCCAUUCUGCCCACACUCCUCACCACCCUGGAGGUGAGCCUCCGCAUGAAGCAGAACCUGCAUUUUACUGAGGCUGCGUUGCACCUGCUCCUCACCCUGGCUCGUACCCAGCAGGGAGCCACAGCAGUGGCUGGAGCUGGCAUCACCCAAAGCAUCUGUUUGCCCCUCUUGAGUGUGUACCAGCUUAGCAGCAAUGGCACAGGACAGACACCCAGCACCUCUCGAAAGUCCCUGGAUGCCCCAUCCUGGCCAGGGGUCUACCGCCUGUCCAUAUCCUUGAUGGAGCAGUUGCUUAAGACUCUACGCUACAAUUUCCUGACUGAGGCUCUGGACUUUGUGGGUGUCCAUCAGGAGCGGACAUUGCAGUGUCUCAAUGCAGUGAGGACGGUACAGAGUCUAGCCUGCCUGGAGGAAGCAGAUCACACUGUGGGCUUCAUCCUACAACUAUCCCAUUUCAGGAAGGAGUGGCACUUCCACCUGCCUCAGCUUAUGCGUGAUGUCCAGGUGAACCUGGGUUAUUUGUGCCAGGCCUGUACCUCCCUCCUACAUAGCCGCAAGAUGCUACAGCACUACCUACAGAACAAAAAUGGGGAUGGCCUCCCCUCAGCUGUCACUCCUCGAGUUCAGAGGCCAGCCACUACCACGGCCACCACCACAGUUGCUGCCCCAUCUGGCUGCUCCUCUAAGCAGCCUGUGGCUGACACUGAGGCCUCAGAGCAGCAAGCCUUACACACAGUCCAGUAUGGCCUUCUCAAGAUUCUCAGCAGGACCCUGGCAGCCCUGCGCCACUUCACUCCAGAUGUCUGCCAGAUUCUGCUGGACCAGUCCCUGGAUCUCGCAGAAUACAACUUCCUAUUUGCCCUGAGUUUCACCACUCCCACUUUUGACUCUGAAGUGGCCCCCUCCUUUGGAACCCUCUUGGCCACAGUGAACGUGGCCCUCAACAUGCUUGGAGAGCUGGACAAGAAAAAAGAAUCCCUUACUCAGGCUGUGGGACUCAGCACACAAGCAGAAGGAACCCGAACAUUAAAGUCCCUCCUGAUGUUCACCAUGGAGAACUGCUUCUAUCUGCUCAUCUCCCAAGCAGUACGCUACCUCAGGGAUCCGGCUGUGCACCCGCGGGACAAGCAGCGAAUGAAACAGGAGCUGAGCUCAGAGCUGAGCACGCUGCUUUCCAGCCUCUCAAGAUACUUCAGAAGGGGAACCCCCAGCUCCCCUGCUGCUGGAGUCCUGCCCUCGCCACAGGGCAAGGCCACCUCUCUCUCCAAAGCCAGCCCAGAGUCUCAGGAGCCUCUGAUCCAGCUUGUGCAAGCCUUUGUCCGGCAUGUGCAGAGAUAGGGAGUGGAGCGCCAUCUGCUUGCUGCUCCUUGCCAACAUGCACUGCAGCCUGGGCAGAGGGUGCUGCCACCACAGAGCCGGCCACUGAGCAAGAGGCCCCCUUCCUCCUCUUCCCGCCCACCCGCUGACAUUAUUUUUGUAAUAGAUCAAGAGGUCAACAGCAUGGGCAGGGAGCCAAGGGUCUGGGUGCUCAGGCUCUUUACAAUACCCACAAGAUGGCCCUUUUCCUUUGAGCAUUCCCAUGGCAUGUCACCAGCCAGAGAGGCCCUGGGUGCUGGCAGCACAGGAGAGGCCUGUGUGUAGUGAGAAUUUUCCAUGAUCUAUUCUUGCAGGGUUUAUUUUUUUGUUGUUUUGUUUUUGUUUUUGGUAAUACUGUGGUCUAUUUAUACAAAUAUUAAAGUACUGUUUAUAGA